AUGAUCUGGUACCUGCUCUAUCCGCUGCGAGGAACAACAGAGGCUCCUGUCCUCGCACCGUCUCACCCAUUCCGGCGGGCUGUUGCUCGCUACGGCCGAAAUGCGUCUCGCAAUGCCAUCCGGACGCUGCUGGCCUCGGCCGGCGUUGCCUCCCUGCUGAUCUACCCGGUGCCGUUCCUGUACACCACCGACUUCAUCAUCGCAGCCUCAAACCUCCCUCAUCAUGUAUGGACCGCCGCCCAGCCUCUCCGCUACGACGCGGCCAUCGUGCCCGACAUCACCAUGCGCUCCAUCUGGAUCCAUUCGAGCUACAUGCAGGCCCUGAGCCCGGAUGUCCUCCUGUCGGCUCUCGAGCUGCAGGACGAGCUUCUAGGCACGACGAAAGACUUUGGCCCUGCCAGGUAUUCUGGCUUGCCUCCUCCCGACGACCCCAAUGCUCUCUUAUCGCCAGCCCAGCGCGAUGCCCUCCACGUCGUCAAUGGCCUGACCGACCAGUCGUGGGCAUUUCAAUCGCCCCUGCUGUACUGGAACUGCUCCCGCGAACGCAUCCUGGCCGACGACGAUAUUCUGGCAACGGUCAACGACAGGAAGAACCAGUCCACGCCGGCAAACAUCACCUUACGGCACUCCAUUGUUUUUAGUGGCAAGCGAUUUGAAGAUCGCCGUUUGCUAGCCGCCGAUGCCCUCGUCAUCACGCUCUUAUACCGAAGUGCGUCGCCCGUUGGUCACCAGUGGGAACAGAUUGCGCCAUCUUUGCCCUCCAAGGUAGGUGACAAGUGGGACAUGUAUCCUGCCAAUGGUCAAGUCUCAGGCAGCCAGCUCUAUGAGUUCAAAUUCAGACCGAUCACUGCGCAGGAUUCCAUCAUUUUUGCCGUCGCCUAUGCCGUCGCCCUCUUGUACUUCCUUAUAAAUCUAACAAAGCUUCGCGCAAUCAAGUCCAAGGUUGGCCUUAUAAUCACCGUCAUUGCCCAGAUAUUCCUCUCGAUCGUGUCCAGCCUCACUGUCUGCGCUUUUCUGAACCUCGACCUUUCCCGUAUUCCGCGAGCCGCAUACCCCUUGAUAGUGCUCAUCAUGAGCCUGGAGCAUGUCCUUCGACUGAUGAAUGCCUUGAUUCGCACCCCUUCGGAAGACAGUACGAGCAACAGAAUAGGGUAUGCUUUUGGCGAGAUUGCGCCUGCUGCCUUGGCAACCUCUAUCCAAAACUGCGCGAUUCUAGUAGCCUUAUCAUGCGUUGUCUCACCGGGCGUCUCCGAGUUCUGCAUCUUUGCGGCUGUUGCAAUUGUACUGGAUACGUUUUAUCUAUCUACCUUCUUCCUUUCUGUUCUCAGUGUUGAUGUGCGUCGGAUGGAGCUUGGGGAUGCUCUCGCAAAAGAGUCCAUGCGUCGUAAUCGCAUUUCGAGCCAGAAGCGCAAUUCCUCCUGGGUGAAGCGCAUACUCGAAGGGAAAAUUGCAUUGUCAACGAGAGUUGCUGGAACAAUUGUCGUCCUGGGCUUCGUAUUCAUCGCCCAAUCCCAUUUUUUUGGCGAUGGGGAUAUUUCGCGGCGGCUAUCCCAGCUAUACGGCGGCAAAAGUCUAGAGCCCGGCAUCUCAUCUCCUUCAAAGACGUCUCUCCUCAAGGAAAUCCAUCAAGCCAGGAGUCCUACGUCUUGGCUACUGCUGCAAGACCACGAUGCAGCUCACGAGAUCAUUCGCAUCAUAAACCCUUCAGCCUAUAGCUACAUAGCCAGAGUCUAUGAGCCUCUGGUUUUUGUAAAAAAGGGGUCCAAUCGAGUACCUCGGAUGAAAGAGUCCAUUCUAUCCCCGGCAGUACUCGACUUUAUCAAUCAUCAGCUCACUGCGCUCGUUUUCAUCGACUUCCUUGUAGUCUAUCUGCUUCGCCGACUUACAACCUAUCUCUUACCAGAUGACAAGGCGAAGCGAGAAGGGCUCAGCGAUCCUAGCGAGGAGACGAGCCUAGAGGUUGUCACACUAUCUGGAGGGCAUAGCCUUGAUAUAGCCAUACUCGCAUAUUCCUCUGGGGGAUACGUUGUGUCUGUUGGCUUGGACCGUAAAAUCUGUCUCUGGGAUCUCAACAAUGAGAAUCGAUGCUACACAAUCUCUGACCCGGAAAGAGAUAUCGGUAUAAAAUUUCCCGUGCUUUCGAUUGCCAUUAACGAAGACUCGGACUGGCUGGCAAUUCUGUCGUCGGAUGCUGUCACCUUUUGGAGCAUUGCAACCAACGUGCGGGGCCCUAUUGUGGCUAUAGAAACCUUCAACCAGAAGCCUACUGCUUUCUUUUUAGAGCCGAAUUCAUCAUUAGACAUCCCAAAGCCCGUUAUAGUAUGGAAGAAUGGAACCGUCGUAGAUCUUGAGCCGACGUCAGGAGAAAGCAGCGAGUUCACACUUUGCUCCGGGCUAACUUGUGCCCGCCAACUUCUAAGUACAGGUGAGUCGAGCGUCCCUGGCGAGCACCAAAGACCCAGUGUUUUCCUCAUCGCAACAUCUCGAAGUGGAGAUAUACAUAUUGUAGAAAGAAUUGGAUUGUCGUGGGGGGAUCCCACAAUUUAUACGGGAAAGAUUGCGGGCGAUGAAAUACACCAAGUUGUACCUCUUUCGCCCCUACCUUACUUUCUUGCAUCGUCAAAGUCGGAUGUUCAUCUCAUAAACCUGAAUGAUGGAUCCACUGCUUGGAGCUUUCCCACGGAGAACUUGCGCCCGCGUUCGCUCGACUGUGCUUUUUCCUAUCAUCGGGCAUCGAACGCCAUAUCAAUAGGGCUCAAAUCUUUCACACUCAGCUACCAGGCGCUGGACUCUGGCGACGGUAUCCUACACACGUUUAUACCUCAUGAGGACGAUGACGCUAUCUUUCUGCAGAAUUAUGGUGUUGAUCGAGCUAUUAGCGGGUGGUGCGGUUGGUCUGAAGCUGUACAAACAAAGAAACGCAUAGACAAGCCCGGCGUUUGGAGAGUUCUGCAUGAUGGAAGUGCAAUUGGGCUCCGUCGCCGGCCCCGUACCGAGCCAAGGAAUCGACAGCAGCAAGCCAUCUCGAAUGUGCGGAACCGCUUACCGAACGCAAAGAGUCAGGAAGUCGGGGCUUUCAACUGCUGGGAGCUAUGGAGAGCGGCGUCUGGUGACCGGCAAGAUAUAGACGAGGUCACGCCUCUUUUCCCUAGUGACCAAGACCCAGGGCAAAUGAUUGUCUGCGAACCGGGGCCCGGUGUCAAAAUUGGGGAGUCGUCCGUCGCCUUUGCAUUUGGGAAUGUUAUUAAGCUGGCACAAUUGAGCGGGCACAAGAUCUCGGGAAUCAAUGAGAUCAGCCAUGAAUCGCUGAUGAAUAUGCCUGCGAGACGCCGGAAGGGAGGGACGGUGGCCAGGCCAACAGGGACAUAA